AUGUCGAAUCUUCGCAUUCUCCUCAUCGGCAACGGUGGCCGCGAGCACGCACUCGCCUGGAAGCUUAGCCAGUCUCCCCGUGUCGAGUCCAUCUUUGCUGUUCCCGGCAAUGGUGGUACCGCUGCGUGCCCCAAAGUCUCCAACGUGACCUCUGUCUCUGCCGACGACUUCCCUGCCCUGGUCGAGUUUGCUCAGUCCAAUGGCGUCAACCUUGUUGUUCCCGGACCUGAGGCUCCUCUGGUGGACGGCAUCGAGGGCUUCUUCCGCGCCGCUGGCAUUCCCUGCUUUGGUCCCUCCAAGGAAGCGGCUCGUCUCGAGGGCAGCAAGACCUACUCCAAGGACUUUAUGAAAAAGUACAACGUCCCUACUGCUGCCUAUGAGAACUUUUCCGACUUUGACAAGGCCGUCUCUUACAUUGACUCCAUCAACCACGAUGUUGUCAUCAAGGCUACCGGUCUCGCUGCCGGCAAGGGUGUCAUUAUGCCUCAAACCAAGGACGAGGCCAAGGCCGCUCUCAAGCAGAUCAUGGUCGACAAGGAGUUCGGCUCUGCCGGUAGCGAGGUUGUCAUUGAGGAGCUCCUGCUUGGGGAUGAGCUUAGCGUCCUCACCUUUUGCGACGGCUACUCUAUCCGUUCGCUGCCUCUCGCGCAAGACCACAAGCGCAUCUUCGACGGCGAUCAGGGCCCCAAUACGGGCGGCAUGGGUUGCUAUGCCCCCACCAACAUUGCCACCAAGGAGCUCGUCGCGCGUAUUGACCAGGAGAUUCUCGAGCCCACGAUCCUCGGUAUGCGCCGUGAGAAGCAGCCCUUCCGCGGUGUUCUCUUCACCGGCCUGAUGAUCACGGCCGCUGGGCCCAAGGUCCUCGAGUACAAUGUCCGAUUCGGCGACCCAGAGACCCAGACGGUCCUACCUCUGCUCUCUGACGAGACUGAUCUUGCCGAGAUUAUGCUUGCCUGCACGGGAGGCUACUUGGACAACUGCCACCUUACCAUUCAGGACAAGUUCAGCGCCACCGUCGUGCUCGCUGCUGGAGGUUACCCUGGAUCAUACGCCAAGGGCACUCCCAUGACCGUUGCUGAGCCUCCUGCCGGCAGCACCAUUUUCCACGCUGGCACCAAGCUCGAUGGCCAGCAGCUCCAGACCUCUGGAGGCCGUGUCAUUGCCAUCAACUCCAUUGGCGACUCUCUUCGCAGUGCUGUUGACGCUUCCUACGCCGCUCUGGCCGCCAAUAUCAUCCAAUUCGAGGGCAUGUUCUUCCGCAAGGACAUUGCUCACCGGGCUUUCCGUGCUGCCAACAAAGAGUCGAUGACAUAUGCGCAGGCUGGUGUUGAUAUCCAGGCCGGCAACGAUUUCGUCGAAAAGAUCAAAAAGGCAGUUGCCAGCACCAAGCGCGCUGGCGCUGAUGCUGAAAUCGGAGGAUUCGGCGGCGAAGUUGAUUUGUCUGCAGCUGGCUACCCCAACGCUCCUGUUAUUGUCGGCGCCAUCGAUGGUGUUGGUACCAAGCUGAUGAUUGCCCAGAACAUGAAGAAGCACGACACGGUCGGCAUUGACCUGGUCGCCAUGAACGUCAACGAUCUUAUUGUUCAGGGUGCUACACCUCUCAUGUUCCUGGACUACUAUGGCUGCAGCAAGCUGGAUCUUGCCUCGGCCGCCGCUUUCGUCGAGGGUGUGGCGGACGGCUGCAGACAGGCUGGCUGUGCUCUGGUCGGUGGCGAGACUGCCGAGAUGCCUGGCAUGUAUCAGGGCGAAGACUAUGAUGCUGCCGGCUGUGCUGUCGGUGCCGUCACUGAAGACGCCCGACUUCCCAAGCUGGCGACUAUGGUGGAAGGAGACAUUCUCCUGGGUCUCGGCUCAAACGGUGUUCACUCGAAUGGAUUCUCCCUUGUGCGCCGUAUUGUCCAGAGUGCUGGCCUCGGCUACAUCGAUGCGGCUCCAUGGGACCAGAGCAAGACUAUUGGCGAGUCUCUGCUGACACCUACUCGCAUCUACGUCAAGGCUCUGCUGCCGGUUCUCAAGGACAUCAAGGGUCUGGCUCACAUUACUGGCGGCGGCCUUCUCGAGAACGUCCCUCGCAUGCUCCCCGAGUCGCUCACUGCCGAAAUCAACUUUGGCUCGUGGCAGAUGUCCCCCGUUUUCCAGUGGCUCAAGGCCGCCGGCAAUGUCGCUCCCGUGGAGAUGUGCCGCACUUUCAACAGCGGCAUCGGCAUGGUGAUUGCUGUGGAUGCUGGCAAGGCCACUGCUGUAGCCUCUGCCCUUGGCGAUGCUGGCGAGUCCGUCUUCACUCUCGGUCGCCUGAUUAAGCGUACAGAGGGCCAGGCUGGUUGUGUUAUCCAGAAUCUGGAGCGCUGGCAAUAG